UGGGUCCGAUGGCGGCGGCAGCGCCGAGUGACCCAGCACGGGGCCAGGUGACCUUUGAGGAUGUGGCUGUGUCCUUCUCCCGGAAGGAAUGGGGGCUCCUUGAGGAGGCUCAGAGGCGCCUGUACCGUGAUGUGAUGCUGCAGAACUUUGCACUUGUGGCCUCUCUGGGGCUUGCAUCUUCCAAAUCCUCUGUGGUCACCCACCUGGAGCAAGGUAAAGUGCCAUGGGUACCCAAUAGGGUAAAUAAGUGUUUAGUCAAAGCAGAGGACAAGAGGAAGCAGAGACCUGGUGAGUGGGACCAGGCAUAG